UAACGACUUUACCUUCCAAACUCUCACCAAAGUUUCUUGUCCUUCUUCUAACCACAGAUCAAAAAACCAAUCAUCUUCGAUCGCAUGAGAAUGGAUUGGUUCUCAUGGCUAUCGAGAACAAAUCUGGAAGAUUCGCUCACAUACGAGUACGGUCUCUCCUUCUCACACAACGAGCUCGAGUACGAAGACAUUGCUUACUUCAACCACGAGUUUCUCCAGAGCAUGGGUAUCUCCAUCGCCAAACACCGCCUCGAGAUCCUCAAGCUCGCUCGGAGACAUACUAAACCGUCUCGUUCUAUUUCCAGAGUGCUGAUCGCGAUUAGGAAGACCGGGAAGUGCUUGUCCGAGUACGUCCGUGACAUGAUGAGACGUGAGGAAUCGUCUCAGGCUCUCGUAGUUGUGAAAGGAAGAUGGUCAAAUAGGAACAAGAGCAACGGAAAGGAAGAGAGACUUCUUCUGACGAAUGGGACUCCAUGUAGGCUGGAUAGCUUCUCCAGUUACACGGGUUUCGAUCAUUACAGUUCGAAUGAUGAUGAUGUUUAUUGUGGGAAAAAAUUACAAGAGGAGGAGGUUAUUAUAAAGUGGGAUUCAAUGUUCCAGAAUCUGAAACCAACUUGAAACAAUCAGAUAAAAAUAGUGGUUUUAAGGGUUCUUCCACCAUGUUAUUCAAUGAGUUUCCAACUUUCUUGUCUUCCAAGUGUGUGUGUGUGUGUUUCUAUGUUUGGUCGGAGUAGUUAGCUUUUGUAGACAUUUUAAUAACAGAGGAGUUAGUUCUGUGUUCAUGUUACCAAACAUUUC